UACACGGUGUCCUGGAUUGCUGGGGAGUUGCAUCGUUUGGGUUUCGAGCGCCACGGCAACGAACGCCUUUACCACGGGCACACGGGUCUGCACAUGCCUUCUUUGAUAUUCAUUGGGCCUACGUAUUACCAGCGGCUGAAGCACAUGGUCGACGACAAAAUACAUGCGCGAGCUCGCGGCCCUGUAGCUGCUCUGACGCGGCAACCCAUGGAGGGCAAAAGCAGAGAAGGAGGCCUGCGUUUCGGGGAGAUGGAGCGGGAUUGCAUGAUAUCGCACGGGGCUGCUCGCAUGCUCAAGGAACGCCUCUUUGACCAAAGUGAUGCUUACAGGAUUCAUUGCUGCGACAUCUGCGGAACAAUGUGUGUUGCUGAUCUGCAGCGCCUUGCAUUCGAAUGCAAAAUGUGCGGGAACAGCAACAAAAUAUCACAAGUCUACAUUCCCUAUGCUUGCAAACUCCUCUUGCAAGAACUCAUCUCGAUGUGUAUUUACCCCAAACUGGUGCUUCAGGUGGCAUAA